CGGACGCCAUGUGAACGAGAUUUUGUUACUUGGACGCGAAGUGUUUUCGAUAGUGGAUUAACAUUGUACUUUAUUGUGUUGCGUUUUAAUGUAGUGUAUAGAGGUAACGAAAGGUGUUUGUGUGGUGUUUUAACAUUAGUUUAAAAUAUAAAUAAUGUUAUAUAACAGUAAAAUUGGGUGGUAAUGUGGUAUGUGAGCUAAGUUACAAGUGAAGGUAGCUACGAGUCACGAACGAACGUAGCUUGCCAGGGCGAAACCAAGAUGGAAGGCUGAUUGGUACAAGUUGGUAACUGAAUAACAGCCACAUUCGUAAAACAGCUUUAAGUGAUAACCAUUCUAUACAAAGUUGCUCCACAAAGUGCAUGGCAUUAAUUUCUUGGAUACCUACACUGGAGAAAACAUCAUAUAAAUACUGAAGGUAAGGUUAUGAACGGAAGAUCUACAAUCAUGCAAACGUAUUAUUGUUACUAUCUACUUUAUGACGUGGAAGGAGAGAUUACGUGAACAGCACUGGGCACUAAUGGAUUAUAAACAUUUAACCCGCAGGUCAGGAGAUGAGUAUCGAUAAUAUCGAUAAUAUCGAUCUUCUCGAGUCCCUACACCUUCACAACACUAGCCAUCAGGGAGUGACAGAGACUCCAGGCCCCCAGCGUCUGAAACCUGCCUACAGCCUGCAAGUUCGUAUACAGCAACAAGACUUCUUGGCUGAAACACCGUGUGUCGAGAAUCGAUUUUUAUUCCGUGGUACGAGAAAACAUUUAGGUGAUCGCCGUGACUUGAGAUUAAACCCGAAGGUAUACGACAAAGCUGUAGGGUUACUGAGGAACAAUUCAGAAUUUACUGUGGCCGUAUCACUCCGCCAGGAAGAAGCCAAUGUUGGCACCAUUGUUUCUUUCGCUCAUGGCACCAACAGGUACCUGGAAUUGCAAUCAAGCGGUCGAAAGGACGAGAUUCGGUUUCACUAUAAAGCACAGCACGAAAUGACAGCUAAGAUAGAGACGUUCCCUUUCCGCCUGGCUGACAACGAAUGGCACAAAGUCGCUGUAUCGGUGAGUGGAGCUCAAGUCGAACUGCUGGUAGACUGUCACCCGCUCUAUCGGAGAAUUAUACGUCCUCUGGACCGGAACUUCACUGUGCCACAGCUCGGGCUCUGGAUCGGGCAGCGUAGCCGAGGACACUCCUACUUCAAGGGUGCAUUGCAGGAGGUUCAUCUCAUCUCGGGCCCGCACGGGUACCUGACGCAGUGUCCGCAUCUGAGUUCAACUUGCCCCACCUGUGGACAGUUUUCAUUAUUGCAGAACACAGUGGAACAACUCACAAAACAUUUGCAUGAACUGUCGGAGAGGCUGGUGGCGGCAGAAGGAAGAAUAAGCCGCGUGGAGGAGUGCGACUGCCAGAAGUCUUGUCGAGUAAACGGUUCAGUCCAUUCGGAUGGCGCCACAUGGCAACGAGGAUGUGAUAUCUGUUCCUGUGUGCAUGGUGAGAUCCAGUGUCGGCCCGUGCAGUGCCCUGACAUAAGGUGCAAAAACCCUGUGAUCAAUCCAGGGGAGUGUUGCCCUAGCUGCCUUAAGCAGUGCUACCUGAGAGGAGAGAUGUACGACCAUGGAGAAUCCGUAAACCCAAAGGAGUGUGUCGAGUGUGAAUGCCUCGACGGUCUGAUGAAAUGUAAGCGCAUCGACCCUGAAACCAUGUGCCCGCCACUGUCGUGCAGCCCACAAGAACAAUUCAGUGUGCCUGGAAACUGCUGCAAGUUUUGCAAAGGUGUUGACUACUGUAUUCUGGGCCACUUGUGUCACAUGAAUGCAACCUGCCUCAACUUACAGACUACGUAUGCUUGCCAGUGCAAUGCGGGCUUCUUUGGUGAUGGUCACUUCUGCCACGAUGUUGAUGAGUGCCAGCAGGAGGGUGGUCUGGAGGGACAUCACUGCCACAGCAAUACACACUGCGUUAAUACUAAUGGCUCAUAUAUCUGUGAGUGUCUCCCUGGUUACCGCCGGCUUGAUAAGUUCAACUGCGUUGAAUUGGACGAGUGUAGUACCGGGGAGCACGCGUGUCACCAGCGUGCGGAUUGCGUCAACACGCUUGGCAGCUACCACUGCAAAUGUCAGCAAGGUUAUGAGGGGGAUGGAUAUAACUGCAAGCCUGUUUGCAACCAGACCUGUUUAAAUGGUGGCGAAUGUCUCUCCCCUGGAAACUGUACUUGUCGAAAAGGCUACGUGGGACCUAGUUGUGAGUUGGAUCUCGACGAGUGCGCAUCAAAUCUCCAUCGCUGUCACAAAAAUUCUGUGUGUGUAAAUAUGCCCGGUUGGUACUACUGCCGAUGCAAACCUGGAUACCGAAGCAUUCUCCACGAUAAUAGCCAUGGACCCAUUUGCCAAGAUAUUGAUGAGUGUCAGGAGGGGACUGACACUUGUCACCCAUCUGCACGCUGUGUCAACACAGAAGGUAGCUUCCAGUGUACCUGCCCCACAGACAGGGGACCAGAUUGCAAGCUCAGUUGCAUGUUUGAAAGCAUUGAAGUUGGUAAUGGACUGACAAUCAGUCCCGUAGGACAGCCGUGUCGGCGUUGCGAGUGCUCAUCGGGUGUGAUAUCGUGCAGAGAGCCUACAUGUGACUGUUCAGUAUCUGGAGGAAGUGGAUCUGACAAGUGCUGCCCCCAGUGUGACCCGAACGCAGCAUGCAGACACCAGGAACUCAAGCACGUAAUGUUCCGCAGUGGUGAAAGGUGGAUCUACCAGUGCCAGACUUGUGAAUGCCUGUAUGGCGAGAUAGACUGUUGGGCUAUGGAGUGUCCGCCACUGAUGUGUAGCAAUCCAAUCCUGAAUCCAGGAGACUGUUGUCCUCUCUGUCAGGAUGACCCGUGUGACUUCGACAGUGGUAACUCAAGCCUAAACCCUGCAGGUGGUGGGAAGCCUUGCACCUACCUCGGGCACCUAUACGAGUCAGGAAGUCAGUGGAAGGAUCCAUACGAUAAGUGCACAGCGUGCAACUGCAAAGUGCCGUACUGCGCCCAAUUGGAUGGACGUCUCUGCUGCAAUUAUGAUUUCCGUUGCUCUUCUCCUAUUCGCCAAUCCGUUAGUAUCACCACUGUCUCUGAUGACAGCAGGGUUGGAAACACUGAUGAAUCUCAUCAGGGUUUUGCUGAGCUCAGUAUCACAGAAGAAAAUAUCAGUCAAAUUGGCCCACCGCAAGCACAGAUUCGAGAGGCUAAAGCUAGCGGUAUCGCGAGUGAUGUCGCUGCCGACGUUAACACGUCGGGUAGCAAGGACCUCUCAAAGUUCAAAAGUGAUGGUGAUCGAGGUGGUGAAAAUACUCAAGAAACUGAUAACAAUGGCACUGUACCAUUGUAUGUUAAUAGUUCUACAGUUCUCAAUAAUUCUGCCGUUACAAUCAAUAAUGGACCUACUACAGAUGUGUAUACUAGUCAAAACUCUUCUUCUAGGAUCGGUGUUAGUAAUCAUGAUACUAAGAAACAUUUUAAUGAGACUGAAGGAUCAGGUGUACAGAAGACCAACACAACAAAUAUCAAGAUUAACGGCAAUCAAAACAACCGCAGCGAUGAACGUGGAAGAUCGAAUGCCGACGAUUCCCACGUGCAAAAACGUGAAGUGAUAAUGAAACGAGUCUCGAAGUUCGUUUACUUGACUGAUGAGGAGAAGAAGGUGGUUGAAGAACGGAAGGGGAAUAUUGCUCAGGUCAAAAGACAAGGAGGUGCGGACGAGUGAGCAGAACUGUUGAGAGCGUCCCAUGGUAGGGAAAUUAUAUAUCUUCAGGAUGAAAGGUGCUUAUUGGAUUGAGGUCACAAGCAGCUGAGCUAAGUUAGGAGGAGGAUGUAUGACAGGCGAUUCUAGCCAUCACUGUUGGCUUUUUGUAAUGCUUUCUAUUUGGAUUUGAGGCUGACUCCCUUUAUCGUUAGAUUUACUCGACAUUUGUAAAAGAAUCUGAUGUAUGCAGUAGGGUUAAGAUAAAUCGAAGGAACUGUAAAAUUCAGGUUCUUGAUUCAUUACUGUAUAUUAAUUCUAAGACCCUACUGUUUGUGAAACUUCUCUCGUGACUGAGAAAAAUUGGGAGGAUGAACAAAUGGAAUUUGUGGCCUCCGAAAGAAAUAAUGAAUUAUCAUAUUUCUUUUCAAAGGACUGUAUUAGAGAGAAGGGAAAUUAAACUAUGAUGAAUAUGUAAAAUGUUAUAAUUUUACUUAUAAAUGAAUGACAGAAAAGGGGAUGGCUGUUAUUUCAAUACACAAAAAUAGAAAAAUUGUAUGAAAUGACUGAGGCAUUCCAAAACUUGGGAUAGAGACAAAAGAUUCAGAAUGUAGGAAAAAGGACGUAGAAUACAAGCAGGAACGUGGUCUUAGGCUCUGAAUAAUGUGGUAGGAACACGAAAAGAGGAUUGAUCUGAAACAUUCCUGGAAAUUAAAUGUCAGCAAUUACAUAAUAUACAAAUAUGUGCACUAAAAAAUUUUUAAAAGAAUAAAUGAAAAUACAUAAUUGUACAAUAUCAAACUGUUCACAUCCAAAAUAUCUCACAUAAUAAAAAAAAGAGACAGAGAAAUAUUUUAAAUCAGCACAAUGGCAGUACUUUGCUGGCUCAGGUAUACCAGUAAACCAAAGUUGUAUUCAUACGGCUUAAAAUAAAGGUUUUCUGGGAGUAUUUAAUUUGAUGAAGUUAAUAAUGCCGGUAAUGAAGCGGUUAUGGGAAGCCCCUGCUUUUGAAUCAUUACUUGUGCUUGACAAAUCCAAACUGUCUUCCUGUGAUGGCAUGGAUGAGUGUGAUGAUGUAUCUGUGAAAUUUUUGUUUGUUGGAUAUAGGAAGGGAAAUACCAUUACGACGACAUGGCAUGUUUUAAUUACGCCAGGAAAAAUAUCUUUGGUUUUAAAUAUAUGAGGUAACUUCAUAAUAUUAACGCAAAACGGUUAAUGUGACUGUCUGCGUGUGGAACGUGGGACAGUCCACGAGUACCGGAAAUAGAGUUUUAAUAUUGCUGAAACAAAUAUGCAUAACUGCCAUAAAACUGAAUAUUUGCGUGAGUUACUGCUGCUACAAAUGAAUGCAAUAGGUUAAAUGUGAUUGGCAUGCAUUGUGAAUGUAGUGUGAACAUUUCCAGAUCAUUAAUAAAACUAAUAGUAAAAGUAACAUUGGCUGUGGUAAGCUGCAGUAUUGCGUAUUGAUGUGAAUGAUUUAACGAGGGAAGCAUUAUUAUUGCAAUAAAGGUUCUUAGAAAUGGGGGAAAAAAGAUAUUUAUGUCAAGUUUCGGUUGUGAACAGAUGCAAAUUGAAACCUAAAAAUGGUAAUUGAGCAUUGUUUGUUGUUGAUUUUGGUUCUCAUGAUUUGUGCACUGAACUGGUGUGCUUGGAUGAAAGUAGUUAAACGGGCAGGAUAAAAAUACAUACUUUACAGAACUCGACGUGUAUCAUCACACACAGAAGUGAUUUAAUUCUAAUUGAUCAUAAUACCAUUUUUGCUUAAAAUGUUAAACAAAAUGCUGUAAUGUUCUAGUCAGAGGGGGGGAAAAAAUCACAUCCAUCACCUAGAAUUAGUUGUAUUUAAAACGCAUUGCUAAAUGGUUUAUACACCUUACGAAGUAUAGUUGGGUGUCGUACAUAAACUCGAUGCAGCUGUUGAUGCAUAUCUGGGGGCUUUCAAUAAACAACCCAAAUUUAUUGUGUUGCUAUUGUAUAUAAAUAUAGAUACAUAUAUAUAUUUUUUUCCUGUAAAAGAAUCUGAUACAUCUAGGGCAUGGUUGAUACAAGUUACACUUCUUGCUAUCAAUAUAACAUCUGUUUGACUUGUUACAGUAUACGCGUAUGCCGUUUAAAAUUAGACGUGCGUCUUGUCAUGAAAAAAGAAAACUAUGGAUUGUACAGGACAGUUAAGAUGGAAAAAUAGAUAAAUGCUGAAACUAAAAAAGAGGCGAGGGAAAGCUGAUUAUUACGGAUAUCAUAUGCUGACUGCUUCAUCCAUGUCCGAGGUUUGAGCUACAAUUGUGAUAAAACUCUUGCAUGUGCAUUAAUAUGGAAACUUUAAGUGUAUGUACGUACAUCCUACCUUUCCGUAUUCUUCUCUCCCGCUCUCUGAUUCCUCAACCGUGUCUUCAACUUCAUGCAAUGUAAUACUUUAGUUCCUGUUUUAAAAGUGAUUGUAAUUACAACAAAGUAAUAACGUAGCUUAAAGAGAAAAUCUGAGUAAGAUUAUAGAAAAUAAUUGACUGAAUACUUAAAAUUUAAGCAUCAGAAAAGUGCAGAAACCAGAUGUUUUAUUGCAAGAUGUUUAAUAAAUAUUAUCCAAGAAUAUUUGCCUGCCUUCUUCCCUUAAAAUUCCAGACACAUUCUGUGUAUCUGAUGUUAAUGAUAGUACCACUGACAAAAAAAUAAUUAAUAAAUGCUCGCAAUUUUAGAGUCACUAAUUAUAAUACUGUACGUAGCACAAAUAUAACUUAUUAUUACUGCAGGUGGUUUCAGCAAGAAAUCAUUGCUGAAUUGUAAAGCAAAUAAAAGUUGUAAAUUAAUAUAAAGAGAGAGAGAGAAAUCGGCAGAGUGUAUGUUGUGACUGGAGAGAGAGAUAUAUACAUUUAGCUUCUUAACAAAGGAAAAUUUUCUGUAAGUUUCUAGCAUUGUUAAAGGCAAGUUAAGAUCUCUUGUUGAAUGAAACUAUGUGCCGUAAUUUAUUUGUUGUUCAAACUAUGGUAAAAGGACAGUAUAUAUCUGUACCAUGAAGUUGGAGAAUGCUCACAUCUCCUGUAGUAUCUCUUAAUUUAUUGCUCUAUGAAAAGAAAAGUUCUAUAAAUGUAUUCAUUCAAUUUUUUUUUUUACUAUUGACAGCACUGAUUGUAAAUAGACUAUUGUAUGUAACGUUACAAAAAGAAUCCUGUGGCAGUUUUUUUGUAAUAUAAGUUUUAACUUGUGUUUUGUACCCAUUAUAAGUCAUCCAAACAGUAUUUUUCAUUUACCAAAAAUCAAAAUACCAAACCAUGAGUCAGUGUAAAUUUCUAGUCAUAAAUUAGAAAAAGAACAAUCGAUGAAUAACAAACGAAGUGAACAGAUUACCUCAAUACUUGUAAACUAUCUCUGUUAAAAAAAAUAAUAAUUUGAGCAAAUAGUAAAUUAAACUAAGAGAAACCAAGCUUUAUGUAAAUUAUAUCUGUACAAUUGUCAUGUUAAUUUCAGUUCUUUUUUGUCUGCAAACAUGAAGGAGGAAAGAAUUGAAAAUGUUGUUUUAUAUUUUGCAGACAUUUGAAUUAAUUGUACAGGAGCAUAUUGUGUUUCUUCUGUUGUAAAAUGAAUGUGUGCCAAUUAUUACAAAUAAAUGAUAAAUAUAAAACAAAA